AUGGCCGUCUGUAUAAUAACCUGUUCUUUGAACUUUCAGCUGCGUGAAUCUUUUAAGGAGCUGAAGAAACGUUUCAGCAACACUAAGUUCAACUACCUGAAGAGAAACGACAGAACCAGGAACCUGAAGGCCGUGUGCAACCAGCUGCAGCAGAUGGGGGCGUACCAGGAGAAGCUGCAGAGCCUUAGCAAGCGGAUUCAUGGUGUGACGGCCCGGCUGGGUUCUGAGGCUAAGAACACCAGCGCGGCCCGGCAGGUGGAGGACGCAGUCAACGAGCUACAGAGACAGACAGGACAGCUGGAGAGAAACAUCUGUGAACACCAGAAGACUCUGGACAUGACGUUCAGACUGCAGCAGGCGAUGGAGGAGUACCAGUUCUGGUGUGAGGAGGCCAGCGCCACCAUUACUCGGGUGGGGAAGUUUUCUUUGGAGUGUCGAAGCACAGAAGCCGUUUCUGUUCUCUAUCGGCAGUUUGAGAAGUUUGUUUGGCCGACGGUUCCUCAGCAGGAGGAAAGGAUCAGUCAGAUUACAGAGCUGGCUGUUAGGCUACAUGGGGUGGAGGAGGGGCAGCGUUACAUCGAGAAGACAGUCAGUAAACACUCAGAGAUGGUGGAGUCCAUCAGAGAGCUGAGUGACGGACUGAUGGAGCUGGAAGCCAAGCUGAAGGUGGAGAGUCUUAAACAGCAGCCGGAUGAAGAAAAGAAAGCAGAGAGGAGACAGACGGAAGAGGUGGAGGAGGUGGGAGAAGAAAGGAAGAUGAAACAGAAGGAUAACCGCAGCGUGCAGGAGGCAGCUGACAUGCGUGAACUUAAAGAAACGGGCCACACCCCCGAACUAAUCACAAAAAACGAUAGAAACGAAGCCGCUUCGGCCAAUGAGACGCCUCCAUUACAGAAGAGUCAAGGUCAGGAGGUAAACGGGCCCACAGCGAGCAGAGGGAAGUUCACCGCCUCCCACACCCUCGCCAUCUGCUCACCUGUGGAUGUCAAACAACAGAUCCAAGCCACCCAGAACCAGUCACAGAGCACCGCUACCGUGCCUAAAGCUAGACCUUCUCAGUCUGUCCUUAGUCCACCAUUCUCUGAUAAUCAGGAAGAUUUUCAGCAGGAGACGGAAGGAACAGAACAGCAGAUAGAUUCUAGUUUCUGUGGAUCCAAAACAUUUUCCCUACAGGACGAAUCAUUGAAUGUGGAGCUCCAUCAGCCUGAGGAUUGCUUUUCCAACGAUGAAUAUGACUGUGCUUCCCCUGACGACAUCUCCCUGCCUCCACUGGCAGAGACCCCAGAGUCCAACAUGUUCCAGUCAGACGUGGAGGACGGAUUCUGUUUUAGUUCACACAGUGUCCACAUCAGUCAGGUCAGCCACCAGUGCCACGCCCAGUCAGAGCCAACAGGAACUGGUUCUGUCCCCCAGCAGACAGAAAGCUGUCCCGCUUCUUCGGUCAGUCGUCAAAGCAGCAGCAGGUUCAGAUCAGAGUCCAGAUCCUUCAUCCCAAGUCCAUCAACAGUUCCUGCUGCGACGCUCUUUACCAGCAGUUUGUGCACCGUCCUGAAAUCCAAGGAGUCCAGCACUGUCCAACUGGACGGCCCCGUCCAUGGAAACAACAGCGUAUACGGCUCUAAAGAUAGAAAUGCUCCAAAGAUGAGGAGUUCAUCCACAACCCCUAAACAGGGUCUGAGUCAGACCCUUCAUCCACAGUCCUCUAGUGGUUCUGAUGUUGGGCUCCACAGUAACAGCAUUCCUAAAAGAGACACAGGGGAUCAAGAAUUCAGCUCUAGUUUCACUAAAACCAACCGUGUCCUUCCUGAAGACAGGAAUUUUCCAGAAUGCCAUCAUGACUCGACAAGUCAGAUCCUUCAGGAUGUGAAGUCAAUCAAAAAUCUGAGAGAAAACACGCCUCCAGGAGACAGUCUUAUUAAGACCACCACCAGUUUAGUUUUCCAGCAGAAAGUUUCCAUCAAAUCCUCUUUUUCAGACAGUCGUUGCACCAUCACCUCUCUCUGUAAUCCAUUCCCGAAGGCGUCCUCUCAGACGUCCAGCAUUACAGACCGUGUCUUCCACAAACAUACGGCUCAGCUGAAGAACAGUGACUUUAUAAAACCCCCAACACUCCCCCAGAAAUUCAACAAUCCCCCAGAAUUCAACAAUCCCCCAGAGUUCAACAAUCCCCCAGAAUUCAACAAUCCCCCAGAGUUCAACAAUCCCCCAGAGUUCAGCAAUCCCCCAGAGUUCAGCAAUCCCCCAGAGUUCAACAAUCCCCCAGAGUUCAACAAUCCCCCAGAGUUCAACAAUCCCCCAGAAGACAGCAGUCUUUGCACAACAACCACGGUCAUUCAGCAGAGCGUCCUCAAACAGUCGCCCCCUUCAGGCAGGCAGCAGAGAGACACAACUAAAACCCAGUACAGCCCUGAGGACCUCAUCCAGAGUCCACCUCAGCCCAAAUCCCUCCAGAACAUCACUACCUGCUCCAGCAAACAGGGUCUCCAGACCGUCGACCCCUUCCAGGAGUCCCUAACCUUCAGCUACACCCAGCAUGACGUGCAUGCUCCCAGCAUGAGUCCCAGCUCCGCCCACCAGGCUCCUUCUCACCCAGAGCCUCUGACCCUCGCUUCACCCCAUCCAGCUAAUCUGCAUGAUAAAUCUCCAUAUCCUCCACCUCAUGAACUAACACCACCCCAAGAUCCUGAUAUCUGUCUGCCCGUGGUCAUCCGCGAGGAGAUCAGGCUGACCCCCCAGGUCCAGGGGCCUCCUCUUCCUCCCGUUCCUCUUCCUCAGGGAAAAGCCUCUGAACCCGGCCUCCCCUGCUUCACCAGGCCCCGAUCUCAAGCCGUGGUCAUGGAGGGCUCUCCAGUGACGUUAGAGGUGGAGGUGCUGGGGAACCCAGAGCCCAGGCUCACCCGGUUUACGCAUGACGGCGUCUCUCAGAACCAGAGGCACUGCCUCCAGGACUCCAAGCCGUUGGUGGGAAGCAGCAGCAGUGCUGGUGAUAAAUGGCUGCUUCUGGAGGCGUUUGACAUCAUCACGGACGACUGGAACACCUGGAUCAGCCCAGGGCCGACCAAUCAGAGGCCCCCUCCCAUGGUGAUGUCAGGGGCGUAUAAAGCCCCCGGCGGGCGGUGGGCAGCCCUGAGCAGAGUCAGCGUUCCCGGCCUGGACGCCUCGGCUGGAGGGACUGCUGUCAGGAGGACGAACAGAACUACACGGCGCCCGCCUGUAGUUUUGUUUUCUACUGAGGGCUUCCUGCGCCGCUCGGCUGCUCUUCUGGACUUUCUGACUGUUUCUGGAUAA